ACAAGAACCAAAUACACAUCUCACACGCACACACCAUUGCGCAUCGUGAACAGUAUUUCACCCACUGUUGGUUUGCUUCUCUUCUCUGGAAACAAUGGCGAAAAGCGAAGUGAAAGUUCUGGGAGCAUGGCCAAGCCCAUUCGUGAUGAGGCCUCGAAUCGCACUCAACAUGAAGGCGGUGGAGUACGAGUUCCUCCAAGAGCAAUUAGGUGCAAAGAGCGAUCUACUUCUCAAAUUGAACCCGGUUUACAAGAAAAUCCCGGUUCUGAUCCAUGGAGACAAGCCAGUAUGUGAGUCGCUAGUCAUCGUACAGUACAUUGACGAGGUUUGGACCUCCUCCGCUCCUUCAAUCCUUCCUUCCGAUCCUUAUGAUCGUGCUCUGGCUCGCUUUUGGGCUGCUUAUAUCGAUGAUAAGUGGUUUCCAUCACUGAGUGGUAUAGCCAAGGCUCAGGGAGAGGAAGCAAAGAAGGCAGCAAUUGAUCAAGUGAUUGAAGGUUUAGUGCUAUUAGAAGAUGCCUUUGUGAAAUGCAGUAAAGGCAAGAGCUUCUUCGGCGGCGAUCACAUCGGAUACCUCGACAUUGCAUUCGGCUGCUUCCUCGGGUGGCUGCGAGCGAUUGAGAAGAUGAACAAUAUGAAAUUUCUCGACGAAGCCAAGAUGCCGAAUCUGGUCAAAUGGGCUGAGAAGUUUUGCAGUGAUGUUGCUGUGAAGGAUGUUAUGCCUGAAACUGAUAAGCUUGCUGAGUUUGCUAAGGUGCUCAUGGCCAAAUUCAGAGGACCACCUACAAACUAGAAAUAAAGAUAUCCAUAAUAGCCAUAAAGGCCUUCAGUGAGAGGCAGAUGUUGUGAGGCAAUAUUUACUGUUCUUGUCCAUUUGGGUUGUUGAGAAUGCAGUUCCUGUGAUGAAUAUGAUGGAUUGGUGGUGCCAAUUCUAGUUUGUAGGUGGUGUGUUGUUGUCCUUUUGAAUUUGAUAACCAUUAUGUUUUGGUAAGUGUAUUUUUUUGGCUUAUUUUCGUAUUUAGUGAGACAAAAAUAAGUCAAAAUAAGUAAUUUUUGUUUACUUA